UGUCUGGUCCUAGAGGAUGUGACUUUGCAAUUGACUGGGAGUGGCAAGCUGGUUGAGCUUGGCAACAAUGGGAGAACACAGAUUGAAUUUGAGCACGCUUGUGUUCAGUGUUGCAGUCAUCAUCGUGGUCUCCCACUCAGCAGGAUCACUGGCGUUGAAGCAUUCCCCGCGAUUCCUAAGAAAAUCGGCAGCAACAGGAACCGAUUUCGCGCCACCGCAAUUUCACUACGAAACCAGGUACUUCCAACAGCGCCUCGACCACUUCAGUUUCUCGGACCUACCCACGUUCCCGCAGCGUUACCUCAUCAGCACCGAACACUGGGUGGGCCCCCAGCGCUUGGGCCCAAUUUUCUUGUACUGCGGCAACGAAGGAGACAUCGAAUGGUUCGCCCAGAACACUGGCUUCGUCUGGGAAAUCGCCCCUCGAUUCGGGGCCAUGGUGGUUUUCCCCGAACAUCGAUAUUACGGCGAGUCCACGCCUUUCGGAAGUGCUAAGGAAGCGUAUAAGGAUGCCACUACCUUGUCGUAUCUCACCGCUGAACAGGCGCUCGCUGAUUUUUCCGUUCUCAUCACUGAUCUGAAGCAAAAUUUCUCCGCCAAUGAUUGCCCCGUUGUGUUGUUUGGAGGAUCAUAUGGUGGAAUGUUGGCUGCUUGGAUGAGACUCAAGUAUCCUCAUAUUGCUGUUGGAGCACUUGCUUCUUCAGCUCCGAUUCUUCAAUUUGAAGACAUCGUGCCACCGGAAACUUUCUAUAACAUUGUUUCAAAUAGUUUUAAGCGUGAAAGUUUCACUUGCUUUAACUAUAUUAAACAAUCUUGGAAUGAAAUAACAUCUACGGGUCAAACAUAUAAUGGUCUUGAGCGCCUGACCAAAACCUUCAACUUAUGUCAGAAAUUGAAGAGUACUGGAGACCUGUAUGACUGGUUGGAUUCUGCAUAUAGUUAUUUAGCGAUGGUGAACUACCCAUAUCCUUCUGAUUUUUUGAUGACUUUGCCUGGACACCCUAUCAGGGAGGUUUGUAAGAGGAUUGAUGGGGCUCCUGCUGGAACUAAUAUUCUGGAGCGGAUAUAUGAAGGAGUGAAUGUCUACUACAAUUAUACUGGAAAAGAAAAAUGUUUUGAACUGGAUGAUGAUCCUCAUGGCAUGAGUGGUUGGGAUUGGCAGGCUUGCACUGAAAUGGUUAUGCCAAUGUCUAGCAACCAGGAUUCAAGCAUGUUUCCACCGUAUGAGUAUAAUUACACUUCUGUUAAAGAGGAAUGCUGGAAUGAUUUUGGAGUGAAGCCAAGGCCAAAAUGGAUUACUACAGAAUUCGGGGGGCAUGAUAUCCAUACCACCUUGAAGAAAUUUGGAAGUAAUAUAAUUUUCUCAAAUGGUCUCUUGGAUCCAUGGAGUGGUGGAAGCGUUUUGCAGAAUAUAUCUGAAAGUGUUGUUUCACUUGUCACUGAAGAAGGUGCUCACCACAUAGAUUUACGCCCUUCGACUCAAAAUGAUCCUCGUUGGUUGGUAGAGCAGAGGGAGACUGAGAUAAAGCUAAUAGAAGGGUGGAUCAGUGACUACCACCAGAAAAAUAAAGCUGGUUUUGAUAUGUAACAGAAUCUAUCUACUGUUUGCUUCAUAGCUAUUCUGUAUAGCCACGUUUUGUACACACACGUACAUGUAUGUAUUUUCUAACUUCUUUUUUCGUUUCAACGUUAUACAUAUUAUUUUCCAUACGUUAUUAUAUAAAAGUUUAUACUUUUAAGUGCACCCAAA